GCGGCGCGGGGCGCGGGGGGCGGCGCGCGGGGGGCGGCGCGGAGCGCUGAAGAGAGCGGGGCGCGGGCGGCGCGCGGCAGCAUCGCCCCGCCAUGGCCCUGCGCGGGCCCCUCGCCCGCCUGCUCCGCGCCCGGCCCGGCGCCGCGCGCCAGCUCCACCGGCGGGCGCCCUCCGUGGCGCUGGUGGGAGCCCCGCUCUCCAGGGGCCAGAAACGGCGGGGAGUGGACCACGGCCCCGCUACCGUCCGCGCCGCGGGGCUGGUGGAGCGGCUGGCCGGGCUCGGAUGCCAAGUGCACGACUUUGGAGAUUUGAAUUUCACUCAAGUUCCCAACGAUGAGCUGUACAACAACCUGGUUUUGUACCCGCGCUCGGUGGGCCUGGCCAGCCAGAUGCUGGCUGACGCAGUGAGCAGAGCAGUAGCUGCUGGGCACAGAUGUGUGACUCUGGGAGGUGAUCACAGCUUGGCACUGGGCUCUGUCAGUGGCCACGCACGGCAGUGCCCACACCUCGGAGUGAUCUGGGUGGAUGCACACGCUGAUAUCAACACCCCUCUCACAACUCAGUCUGGAAGCCUCCACGGACAACCUCUCUCAUUUCUCCUGAGGGAGCUUCGAGAUAAAGUACCACAACUUCCUGGCUUUUCCUGGCUGAAGCCCUGCCUUUCAGCAUCUGAUAUUGUGUACAUUGGUUUGAGGGAUGUGGAUCCUGCUGAGUACUAUAUUUUAAAGAACUUUGACAUCCAGUAUUUUUCCAUGAGGGAUAUCGAUCGCCUUGGAAUUCAGAAAGUUAUGGAAAGAACCUUUGAACAACUGAUGGGCAGGAGACAGAGACCAAUUCACCUGAGUUUUGACAUUGAUGCUUUUGAUCCCUCACUGGCUCCAGCAACGGGGACUCCUGUCCUAGGUGGAUUAACUUACAGAGAAGGCAUGUACAUCACAGAGGAAAUACACAACACAGGAAUGCUUUCAGCUGUAGACAUGGUUGAAGUCAAUCCACUGCUUGGAGCUUCUCAAGAGGCAGUGAAAGCAACUGCUCGCCUUGCAGUCGAUGUGAUAGCGACGUGCUUUGGGCAGACAAGGGAAGGAGCACACAUCGCUUUUGAUGGACUCCCAACACCCAGCUCUCCAGAUGAAUCUGACAGUGAAGAGCAAGUGAGGAUUUAAGAACCCAGAGUGUUGGAUAUAUUGGACAUUACAGAGCUCUGCUGAGGCACUUGAGUGGAUAGAUUGUCAACACUUGGCAAAUACUGUUAACUUCUCAAUUUUUAAAUAAACUAGCUUUUCCAUUGAUCAGUGGUUACUUUAUUACGUAUCAAGAUUUAUUCAUUUAGUUAAGUAUAUACAAAAUGAGACAAUAAAAUAUUUAUUACCUUCUUAUUAAUCUUA